AUGGUUGACCUUUGUCGACCCUCAACUUUAGUCACCAAUAAUUCACUUGGCUCUCCUAAUAGUACUAAUGAUACAAAUAAUGGAAGUUCAAAUUUCUUCCCAUCGUUAUUCCUUCCUUAUUCACAAUUGAUUGACCCUGAUAGACAAGAAUCGGUUACAGCAGCCAUAGCCGCUGCAACAGCUGCUGCUGUAAUGGCAUCAUCAGCGAUGGAACGAACACGUCUCGAAGAAGAAAAAUUACGUGUUCAAGCUAAAGAUAAAAAAGAUCAAAGUGCAAAUGCAUCGGCUGAGGUUAAAACUCAUUUAAAAAGUUUUAUAUGUCGAAAAUUACAAAAAGAAGGCAAACUAGGAAACCAAGAAUCAAUCGACAUGCUAAGACGAUUUCAAUCAGAACCUACACUUGCCAAUCCACGUCUCGAAUCAGGCAAUUUUAAAAUAAAAUCCGAUUUACGUCAAAGUAUUCUUCAUCGCCAUCGGCAUGUUACACCAAUGUCAGAUAAACGCCAUCCAAUACGUUCGACUACUCUAGCUGAAAAACAGAAACACGCUACUCCACCUAUUCCAAUAAUACCAUUUGAUUCUCAAACUGGUCAAAUACCUCCACCGGAACAAUUAUGGCUUGAUUUAAAUGAUUUACAGCAGAAGCUUUAUAGUUGCUAUUCAACAGGUUCUAUUAGUGGAAUUAAUAAUGGUCAACGAAAUCAUUUAAAUCUUAUGUAUGGUAAUCAACAUCGUACAAAUAUUCUUGGUCCAAAACAUUUUAUAGUUGAAGAAGAAAACGAAGCAUUAUUAGCUAAAGAAUUACAAGAAGCAAAAAUUCAAAGUCCUUUUAAUAGCCAUAGUUCCAUGCAUAGUAGUCAACCACAAAUAUUUAAUUUUGAAUCCAAUGAUUUUACUAAUAAAAAUUCAAAUGUAUUAACGGAUCGGCUAGCAUUGCAUUCCAAAUCAUUAUCAUCUUUAUCAGCGAUAAAAUCACCAACAGAUAAUAAAUUACAAAAAAAUCUUUCCGGUUCCACACGAAUGCGUUUUACUUCAGGAAUUGUUUAUGAUGAAGAUACAUUAAAGCAUGAAUGUUAUUGUAAACGUACAGAUCUUCAUCUUGAAAAUCCUCGUCGUUUACUUGUUAUUUAUGAACAAUUAAAAAAAUGUAAUUUAUUAGAUGAUUGUGAAAUAAUUCAUAAUUAUUGUGCAACAAUUGAUAUAUUAACUGAUUGUCAUGAUCCUACUCAUGUUUAUUUAUUUGGUUGUGAUCAACGACAACGUACACAACAAUCAGCAAUGCUAUUAACUCAACGAAUUAAUUCAAUUGUACAAUUACCAUGUGGUGGUUUUGGUAUUCAUGAUGAUACCGAUACAAUAUGGAAUGAACUAUAUACAGCACGUGCCUGUCGUUUAUCUGUUGGUAAUACUAUUGAACUAGCAAAAAAUGUUCUUGAUGGAAGAUUAAAAAAUGGUUUUGCUAUUGUAAGACCACCCGGUCAUCACGCAAGAGACAAACCAUUAGGUUUUUGUUAUUUUAAUACUGUUGCUAUAACAGCUAAAUAUUUAAAAAAACAUCGAAAUGUUGAUCGUAUUGCUAUUGUUGAUUGGGAUAUACAUCAUGGUAAUGGUACACAAGAUUUAACAUAUAAUGAUCCAAAUAUUCUUUAUAUAUCAUUACAUCGUUAUGAUAAUGGAACAUAUUUUCCUGGUAGUGGACGAAUUGAAGAUUGUGGAAGUGAUAAUGGUCUUGGUAAAAAUGUGAAUAUUGCCUUUUCUGGUGAACCACAAUCAAUAAUGACUGAUGUAGAAUAUUUAGCAGCAUUUAGAAGUAUUGUUAUGCCAAUAUUAGAACAAUUUCAACCACAAAUCAUUCUGGUUUCAAGUGGUUUUGAUGCUUGUAUGGGACAUCCACAUCCACUUGGUGGUUAUGAAUUAACACCAACAUGUUUUGCUUAUAUGACAAAUCAAUUGAUGAAACUUGCUGAUGGAAAAGUUGUUUUAGUUUUAGAAGGCGGUUAUGAAUUAAAUGCAUUAGCUGAAUGUGGAAAAUUAUGUGUUGAAGCAUUACUUGGUCGAGAUUUACCAUCAUUUGAUGAAGAAACUCUUCAAGCUAAACCAAAUCUAUAUGCAGUACAUAGUUUACAACAUGUUAUGGAAGUGCAACGUGAAUUUUGGCCGUCAAUUGUACAAUAUAAACAUCUUAUUUCCAUGUCUCAUGAACAAGCCAUUAAUUCGUGA